AUGAAAGCUCUAACACCUAAAGUCAUCAAAGAAAGCUGUUGUAAUUAAAUUAAUCUAUUUUAGAUGCAAAAUAUUCUUAAUUAUCAGAUGAAUGUAAUAAUAAACCUGAAAAAUUAAGAGCUCUUUUAAAAUAACUAAAUGAAGAAGUUGGAACGUAUUUAUAAAAAAAAAAACCAAAUAAAAGUAUACAAUAAAUUUAAACAAGAAUAAUUUUAGUUUCCUAAUAGAGAAGUCUUAAUCAAAGAAUAAUUAAAUAAUAUUGAAAUUUUGAAAAGAUUAAAAAUUUAAUUUCAUUAAUAACAGAAAAGAUUAACUAUUUUGGAAUAAAAAACAAUGAGAUUAGAUUUAGAAAAUAAAAUCUCUUAAUGCGAAGAAAAUAUAAAAAUGCUUUCAUAAUAAAUAGAAGCUUAAAAAAAAAUUACUUAACGAUAAGGAAAGGAAAUCACUCAAAUUGAAGAACAAAACGGUGUUUCUUCUCUUCAAAAUGAAAUGUAAUUGAAUUUGAAUUAUAUAGCAAUAAAGCCGAUAAAUAGAAAAAUCCAUAUAAGAAUAUCAAUUAAAAAAUUAUUAGUUGUAUGAAUUAAUUGAAAAUGAAUAAAAGAAUUCAUAAUAAUUUCAAGAGUACUAGACUAAAGUAAGAGAUAAAGUGAUUUUUAAAGAAUAAUAAAGUGCUGCUAUUUUAGAAUAAGAUCCUGAAAUAGAAUAACAAUAUUUUAAAAUUUAGCUACAAAUAUAAAAUCAGGAAAGGCAUAAAAAAAUUAUUGAGGAGAAGUAUUAGGCUGAUCUUAAGUUGUUUAAAUAAGAUAUCAAUCAUAAAUCAAAAUAAUUAGUAGAAUUAGAAAAUUGUAUUAGUAAAAUUCAUUUGGAAAUAAUAUAAAUAAAUGAAUAAUGUUAAAGAUUUAAAGAUUUUCAAAUGAAAAGAUCAUCACAAAUUAGAUAAAGAAUAAAAAAAUCUUAAUAUUUAAAUUAAUAAUCUUUUCAAGGCUAAGAUGAUGAUUAAUCAGACAAUAAUUUAUAUCUUUUGUCUAAAAGCUUCACAAGUCCAAAAUAUAUUGAUAAUUCCGUCUAACAUAAUGUAGAAACUGACAUUGAAUAAAAAAAUCAUAAAAAAUUUUCAACUAUUUUAGAAGAAAUUAAUGAUGGAAAAUUAGAAUAAAAUGUUCCAAAUAAAGAGAUUUCAAAAGAAGAUACUCUCUAAAUAUAAUCUGAGAUAUAAAAUGAGGAAAAAAAAAUUUAAACUGAUACUUAAACUCAUGAAAUUUAAAAGAAAUAAUAAGAAUCUCAUCAAAUUGAAUAAUAAAUAUAACCUGAAUGA